AUGUCUCCUCUCAACUCCCCAGAAGGCCAAUAUUUGUCUCUUGCUGGUUCGUUCCAAAAAAGUCAAAAAACUUUAGCAAAUAAUUUUAAAACAUGGGGUCUAAAGCCCUCCUCCAAAAACCAGGCACCCACAAUCCUUGCUGCGACAGAAGCAGCCUAUACCAACUCGGUAAAGCAAGUUGAAGACGCUCGCAACAGACAAAUACUCAUCCUUAAUGAGGACUGGGUUGAUGAGUGUUGUGAACAAAAGUCCUGGAUAGCACCGGAGGACAAACAUAUUUGGGAGAAGGGCGGGACGAAAGAAAGUCUCGCGGAGACAGGUUCCACGGCCAGCGGUGAACCCGCUGGCAAGCCAACGGAGGACGACUCAGCGAAGGCCCCUAAUCCUCCUCCCAACCCACCUGAGAACCCUCAACCACAGCCGCCUAAUCCAACUGAGAAUUCUCCACCGCAGUCGCCUAAUCCACCUGAGAUUCCUCAACCACAGCCGCCUAUUCCACCUGAGAACCCUCCGAAGCAUGAAUCUGAUAAUGAGAGCAUGGAGGUUGCUCUUCUAAAAAAACAAAUUGAAGAUUUAAAGAACAGCAAGACAAAUGGUAAAGAUGGCCCUUCAGAUCGAUAUGAUCAAUCUGAAGACCAGAAGGAGUGCUUUGACGUAUUUUGCGAAUGGUCCAGGCGCUUUGAUGACACAGAUGAUCCCAACACGAACAGAGUUGAGGUGGAUUGUCACCCAGCCGACAUCAACAAACCGCUCAGCGAUCGACGUAAAGAAUAUGAGAUGGAGAUUAUGCUAAUAACUCAAUUUCGAUCUUACGUAUUUGUGAUUGACCCGGAGGGGAAAAUUGAAGGUUACGACUGUUUGAGGCCUGGGUACCUGAUUCCAAGAUCAGAUUGCCCAUCAGCGGCACGGAAAUAUGAAGACAACGGUGGGGAGAUAGUGAGAGCAAAACAAAGAGAAAAUCUCCAGGGCAAGCAAAUGACCGACUUCAUCUGGUGGAGUGUAGCUACGGAUCCGGAGGGCCGUUUUUGCUACUGCUUGGGAGCUUUCAAGGGGGACAAACGGCCCUCGCUCUAUUCCCGGUCAACCUUUAAGGCCAAAUGGGGCAAGCUUGCUGAUGAUCAAAUCAAUGAAAUACGGCGGAAGUUCAGUCAGGCGGAGCUGAACAAGCAGGCAAAGGCACGGUCGCAAAAAUUGCUGAAGUUGAACUAA